UGUGCAGGUAUUUGUUUAGUUCUGGGUUUACAGACAAAACUAAAGAAGUUUAUUGAGGACCAACUACAACCAUAAGACCAGGCAUUUAUUUAGUUUUGAUGCUUCUCACAAUGAUUUUACAUCAUUUAGCAAAGAUGGUGCCAAAAAAGCUGCUGCACUGAAGUCUUAGAAAGUUUUGUACUUUCAAUGAUAUUUAUUAGUUUUCUGUGGGAGCGAGGAGCUUCUCUCGGUGCAGAUUUUAACCUCUCUUAACUUUCAAGAUUUCCCAUGUAACAGAAUUAAAGUAUAACAAAUACUACUCAUUUUCAAACAAAUGAUUUACAAGACAGCGUUAAGAUAAAUGCGCAUCUCUUUUACUGAUGGAAAUCCGGAAGAGUAGUAAGGGGAGAAGGAAGAUAACUGGAUAAAAUGGAAUUGCAGAAUUAGAAAUGUCACAGUUAUGGUUAAGGUGUCCUGCAACAGUGUGCUAUGGGAGGUGUACAGAGGUGUGUCGGGGCAGGGUGGUGCUCCCACUGGGCCAUCCCCCCUGUUAGAAAUUAACAAAUCACCUACUGGGUGGAGGGGUGGAAGCGAGGCUGCGCUGUGGGAGGAGCCCUUUGACUUUGCCACAAGUUUGUUUGUUUUAUUGGCAGAGGAGUGUGAUUAGUAAGCUGUGCCAGUACUCAAGGUGCUCAGCGUCAGUCCAACAUGGCAACCAGGUGGGGGAUCUGCAGUGCGGGGAAGAUCAGCCACGACUUCACGGUGGCCCUGAAAUCUCUUCCUCCCGGAGAACACCAGGUUUUGGCUGUGGCAGCUCGCAAGUUAGAGAAUGCACAGGAGUUUGCCAAGAAGCACAGCAUCCCCCGAGCAUAUGGGGGCUACGAGGAGCUGGCCAAAGAUCCGGACGUAGAUGUGGUGUACAUCGGAGUUAUCCAUCCAUACCACCUGAGCACCUGUCUGCUCUUUAUGAACGCCAAGAAGAACGUGCUGUGUGAGAAGCCGCUGGCCAUGAACACCAAGGAGGUCAAGCAGAUCCUGGCCUCUGCCAAGAAGAAUGACGUCUUCUUCAUGGAGGCCGUCUGGACCCGAUUCUUCCCGGUCUCGGUGGAGAUCAGGCGGCUGCUGGCCCAGGGGGAGAUAGGCGAGGUGAAGAUGGUGAGAUCGGAGUUUGGCAUGCCCUUGCAUGGUGUGCCGAGAGUGAUGCAAAAGGAGCUGGGUGGAGGGACAAUGCUAGAUCUCGGCGUCUACUGCCUGCAGCUCACGUGCAUGGUGUACAAUGGAGAGAAGCCAGAGAGCAUCCAGGCCACCGGGACCUGCCUGGACACAGGAGUGGAUGACAUUGACAUUGUCGCUCUGAAGUUCUCCAACAACAGGAUGGCAGUGUUUAUCUGUCGCUCGGAUAUUGAGCUGCCCAACGAUGCAGUUAUUGUGGGCACAAAGGGCACCAUCAGGAUCCCUGGCAACAUGUGGUGCCCCACGACACUGGUGGUUAAUGGGAAGGAGACCAAGUACCCAGUUCCAGAACCAUAUCUGCCUCUCAACUUCAUCAACGGAACAGGGAUGCGCUACGAGGCAGAGGAGGUUCGACAGUGUUUGCUCAAAGGGCUGAAGGAGAGCGCAGUUAUGUCCCACGCCGACUCUCUGCUGCUGGCUGAGGUGGAGGAUGAGGUCCGCAGGCAGAUGGGGGUGGUGUACAGCCAAGACAGCCACUGAAUCACUGAGUCACAUUCCCUUGUUGUGAGGAGCACAUUCAUGGUGGAGAAUAAAUCAUCAUUUGUGUUCAAACUG